AUGGAUAUCCACCGUUGCCGUUUCCUGCCGUACCCUCCCUCCGCCAUCAAUGCCAUCGCCUUCUCCCACCCGAACGCGCAGAACCCCGAGCAAGCAUUGAGCUCGCGUCUUGCCAUUGGACGCGAAAAUGGCGACAUCGAGAUCUGGAACCCACUCAAUGGCACGUGGCUCCAGGAAAAGGUCAUCUACGGCGGCAGCAACCGAAGCAUCGACGGUUUGGUGUGGGUGACGGAUCCCGAUCAGAAACUUCCCGACGGAAAGAUUGCCGUUGGGCGUAUGCGCCUCUUCAGCAUUGGGUCGAGCUCCAGUAUAACCGAAUGGGACCUCGUCGAGGGCGCUACCAAGCGUCACGCUACCGGCAAUCAUGGCGAGAUCUGGUGUCUCGCCGCACAGCCCGCCUCGUCUGGGAAGUCCGGCUCCCAAGUCAGCCGCCUCGUUGCCGCCAAGAAGCAUCAGGCCCUAAGCCUCGCCUUUGCGAACUCGCACACGGCCGUCGUCGGCUGCUCGGACAGCACUCUGCGCAUAUACGACACGAGGAAGGACGGCGAUAUCGUGUCCGCCGACUCCACUGGUCAGAUCUGCAUCUGGGACUCCAAGACGUAUACCCAAACCCAAAGGCUUCAAAGUCACGACUCGGACGCCCUUUCGCUAGCUGUCAGUGCGGACGGGACCGUUAUUGCGAGCGGUGGCAUGGACAGGAGAACAAUUUUCUACAAGAAGGUCGCUGGUAGCGAUCGAUGGGGCAAGGUCUGGGGGAGGCGCUAUCACGAGCACGACGUCAAGGCCAUGGCAGCUUUUGAAAGCGGAAACAAGAGCGUCGUUGUUUCUGGAGGUCCCGACUCCGCUCCCGUCGUUCUGCCUAUGAGGGAGCUCGGCCUCGAGAAUCAUCGAAAGCUAGCACACUUACCCCAGCAACCGCCAGUUGUCAGCGCGGCAUCCGCACGGUUCAUCGUGAGCUGGUGGAAUCAAGAAAUCCACGUCUGGUCGCUUCAGCGGCCGUUCGGUCCGCUGUUCAAACAGUCGUCCGGCUUGAGCGUCGAUGGCAACCAGAAACUGCUCAAGACGAUUGUGCUCAACACCGAGUCCAACAUCUCAUCCGCGGUGGUGAACUCAGCCGGCACCUUCCUCGCGGUUUCCUCCGCGGCGUCCGGCGUCAAGGCCUUUUCCCUCCGCCACAGCCAACCCGCGGCGCCUGCCGACGUUCAGGUCUCCCCAUCCAGCUCCCCGCCGAGUUCUCUCAACUCGGAGCAUCCAGCCUCACCCUGUCACCGGACUCACAAUGGCUUUGCAUUGUACAAGACGGAAAAACUGUCCUCUUGUCCAAGGCUCCUUGGUGGUCUCGGCUCUUACGACCGGAGCAUUACUAAAGUCUGCUUCUCUCCCGACAGCAAAAUGUUGGCCACCGUGGAUUUGGCUGGUUACAUCGAUACCUGGGUGUCACAGGGCGUCAAGAAGCUCAAGUCUGAAGCGGAGGAGGAACAGGAUGAGGACGUCAAUUCUUCAUCCUCCUCGGAUUCCGAGGCAGAGGUCCCCGAGGCAGAGACGAGGAAUGGCCAAGGACACAAGAGGAGCAAGUGGACACGGAACCCUUCCUCCCGCAAACUUCCCAAGCUUUCGUCAACCCCCAUCGUAUUAUCGUUUUCUCACGACGUUCCACGCACGACGAUGACGAAUGGUGACUCGGAAAAAGCUGCAGAUGCGACGGUGCCCGAUGACUAUACUCUUAUGGCAGUCACUGCACCCUUUGACGUUCUAGCCUUCCACCCUCUCAAAGGCUCGCUUACGAACUGGACAAGACGGACGAGGGGUGGCCUACUACCGCCCGAGAUGCUCAACGUACGUGAAGUCGCCAAGGGAGUGGUAUGGCAGGGAUCACGUGCGUGGAUCUAUGGACCGAAUUUCAUCUUCAUGCUCGACCUACACCUCGACCCCAAGAUCUCGUCCUCGUACAGCAAGAAGCGCAAGAGGUUGGAUGUCGAUAGUGGAGCUGGUAACCGGAUGCAAGUAGGCGCACUUGGCCCCCACAAGGUUUACAAGUUUGAUGGCACCUCGAAAGAGUCACAGGCGCUGGUCAACGAGACCCGGAACGGGGAUGAGAUGGACGUCAGCGACGACGACGGCAAUGACGAGGGCAUCACUACGCAGAGCGGAGAGCUGAUGGCGUUGAGGAAAAGGAAACGGGCGAGGAAAGAAAGGAGUCAGGACGAGGUGGUGGACGACCACCAAGUCGAGGUUGCCCUGAUCGAAAGGCCGCACUGGGCCAUCGACCUCCCGGAGCGCUACGUCUCGAACAAGGACCGGACGUACUACUAA